AUCCUCCUUAAACCACAUUAGUCCAUCUCCAACAGCCAGACAUUGUUAACACGCUGCCUCCUGGGACACGCGGUGUGGAGCGGGUGGGAGGGGGCAGAGGCAGCUCUCCUGUUGGAGGAGCGCACGGAGAGAAGCGCAGUCCGAUGGGGCGGCAGCAGCGGUGUAGUGUAGCUCUCACGCAUCACAAACGCACACAGCCUCGCGUUCCUCACACACACUUUGAGUGAUUAACGGAGUUUUGCCAAUAUCGAGGAGUCCUGAAUAAGAAAACUGAAGACACAAUGGAUGCUUCACAGCUGUUCUUCCUACUGCUGUUCCACGGAUAUCUGCAAAAAGUGUUAUCGGUGCAAAUGUGUGACGUGGCGAACGAGAUCGAGCUGGAGAGAGAGCGCUGUGAGAAUAGCACCUUCGGGAACGUCACUUCAGGUCAUUCACGAAAACAUAUUUUCCUCUCUCUGUUUAGGGAGUGCAGGCGGCUAUUUAGAGGAAAUGAGAAACAGUGUUGCCAAGGCAUGUGGGAUAUCAUCGCCUGUUGGCCUUCAGCCAGCCUCGGAGAGGUGGUGACAAUAACCUGCCCCACUUACUUCAGCUACUUCAGUGACCAGCACAGAGGUAACCUCUCCAAAACCUGCACGGUGGACGGCUGGACUGAGAUGCAUCCGUUUGACAUCGCCGUGAACUGUGGAUACAAUCUCAACGGCACUAACGAUGAUGGAAAGUUUUUCUGGCAAGUGAAGAUUGGCUACACCAUUGGCCACAGUGUGUCCCUCAUAUCUCUUACCACAGCUAUUGUGAUCCUCUGCAUCUUCAGGAAGCUCCACUGCACAAGGAACUACAUUCACAUGCAUCUGUUUGUGUCGUUUAUCCUGAAAGCCAUCGCGGUGUUCAUCAAGGAUGUUGUCCUCUAUGAGGUCGGGGAGGUGGACAACUGCUCCUCGGGCUCCGUUGGCUGCAAAGUAGUGAUUGUGUUCUUCCAAUAUUGUAUAAUGGCCAGUUUCUUCUGGCUGCUGGUAGAAGGCCUUUAUCUUCAUGCAUUGUUGGCUGUCUCUUUCUUCUCGGAGAGGAAGUACUUCUGGGCUUACAUCCUGAUUGGCUGGGGAGGUCCAACAGUUUUCAUCACAGCAUGGAGCAUUGCUAAAGCCUACUAUAAUGAUGUGGGGUGCUGGGAUAUAAUCGAAAACACUGAUGUAUUCUGGUGGAUCAUUAAAACCCCUAUUUUGUCCUCAAUCCUGAUGAACUUUAUUCUAUUCAUCUGCAUCAUACGAAUACUUCGCCAGAAAAUCAACUGCCCAGAUAUUGGAAGAAAUGAGUCUAACCAAUACUCGAGACUGGCGAAAUCAACGCUGCUUUUGAUCCCUCUCUUUGGGAUCAAUUUUAUCGUGUUUGCAUUCAUCCCGGAGCAAGUGAAGACUGAGCUACGGCUAGUGUUUGACUUGAUUCUGGGGUCAUUUCAGGGCUUUGUGGUCGCAGUCCUUUACUGCUUCCUUAACGGAGAGGUCCAAGGAGAGAUCAAGAGGAAGUGGCGGAGGUGGCACCUGCAGAGAUACAUGGGCUCGGACACCAAAUACCAACAUCCGUCUAUUGGUAGCAGCAAUAACUUCAGCACCCAGAUCACCAUGUUGACACGAUGCAGCCCGAAAACACGCCGGGGUUCAUCCUCCUAUCACGACGACCUGUCAAGCAUAUGACUGACACAAGUAGUGAUGCAGACGUACAUUCUGUACAAAACACUCGUUCCACACACUAGGAGGUAAAGACACAGUAUAUUUAAGCUCUACAGCAAAAACUACACACUCCCUCAUUUGCACAUGCACUGCUGGAGGAUGUGUUGCUUGAGUGUGACGUAGACAGAAGAAAAUGAUGAGUGUACAGAACAGAACAGAUAAUAGUGUGACCUUAAUCAGCUUCCAAGCAGCUAUUUACUCCUUAAAUAAUGAUAAAUAAAAAUGAUAUGUACAAGUGCAUUGCUUCACAAGCUUUUGCACAUUUGAAUGAGAACCAUUCACUCUCUGUCUUUAUGAUUUCAGCAGUACAUUGCUUAGCUUCUGUGGUUGUAUUUCAUGAUUCAGUGCACAUGUACGGGUGAAUUUGUGAGUCACAUCAUUAUGGAUCAUUUAGUCGAUCGUUUUUUGGUUCCCUGUGUGUUCAGACACUGGGCAAUGCAAAAUGUCACAUAUUAAUAGGGUUAGUUGGGGCAUCCAAAUGUGAACUGCACCAGCAGACCUGCAAUCUGAUGCAAUUAUACUCUGGUUAAAAAUCACUUGUUACAGUGUUUGCAGCGACAUCACAGGCAAAGAAACGUACCAGAAUGCAUUACUGGAGUGUGUUUAAGCGCUGAAUGUGAGUUAUGAUGGACAAUGUGUUUUAAAGCAUAUUUUAGAAAAGAAUGUGAAACAUAGUGUUUCCCUCAUUGUGUGGGGAGACAGAACAAACAAACUUUAUUUUCAUAAAUGCCAAAUGGAUGAGGCUUCAGACCGGGUGACCAGCAUGAUGCUGAUUUACAACGAUCGCUUUGGAGUACAAAUGCCCUUCUCUGCACUAUCACUCUCAUGAGAGACUGAUUGCCCUUUGCCUUCCCUUUUAUCAGUACAGCCAUCCCUCUUAUUUUGUUUGAUUCUGAGCCUUGUAAUUGGAUUGAUUUAGUUUUUUUAUUAUUUGAGGCACUCAAGUUUUGUCACGAGUGCCUGGUGUCAGUGUUUUGAAGUGACACUUGCAAUCAAAUCUUUGCUGGCUGUCAGGCUGCACAGCAACUCCAGACAGGAAAUGCCUUAAAGCAUUUCAGUCCUUGAAUGUUUACAUUUACAUGGAAGGAGUCAUUUAACAUUGUACAGACAAGUAUACAGUGUAAAGACAACUCAUUGCUAUGGAUUGUUGUGCCAUAGCGAUUGUAUUGUGGCUACAAUAUCAGUAAUGUAUCACUGUAAUUGUUCACGUUAUUGCAAUGGUGGGAUUUAAAGCCUCACCAGUAACAUAAAAUUCUCUUGUACAAGCAUGUUUUUGUCACAGUCUGUGAAACAGUGUUAGACAUAACAGCUAAUUAAAAGGCACUGCAUUAACACUUGGCUUAAAAACAGUCCUCAUGUCCAGAGAAGCUUUCUUUGUUGGUUUUGACUGUAGGCUGAAAAAUAUUCCCCAUUGACUUGUCAGGUUUAAACUUCUCCAUUGGAGGAGUUGGAACCUGACAAGUCAGGAGCGACUGUUGCAGCCGGUAUGUAAAGCAAAGCAAGGUGACAAGGAUGACUGGCCCUGUCACAACAAUGCUAUCAUUGUGCUUUUCAGCUUACAAGGAUAGACUUGAAAGUCACUCGCAUGUUCACGCAAGACGGAGCAUCAAGAAGGUCCAGCUUUGCCUGGAAAAAAACAUCAUCAUCAUCAUCAUCAUAGCUCAACGCACUGCUGAUUUAAAGAGUCCGACUGCCAUAGAACACCAUGUGAAAUUAAAGAACAACAUGUGCUAAUGAUGAGGAACAGUAAAGGAAUAGCACUGCAUUUUGGGAAAUACAAUUCACUGUCUGGUGGAGCGUUAGAUGAGAAAAUUGAUAACACUCUCAAAUCUGUCAGUUUCAGCUGCCGGUUAGCUUAGCUUAGCAUAAGCUAAGUAGGGGGAAACAGCUAGCAUAGCUCUGGAAAACGUCUGGGCGCACACUACUCCCAGUCUUUGUGCUAAGCUAAGCUAACCGUGGUAUCAAUCUAACUCAGCAAGAAGGCAAACCCAAAAUGUUAAACUAUUUCCUUAAAGACUCUUUAUCCCACAUUGUUUGGUGCCUGUCUUCUGUUGUCAAUAAAGUUUAAUGUAAUUGUGUGAAUUAGCCAAUGUACCUCUCAUAACGGUGAAUAUAAAUAGAUUUGUACAAAUCCAGUCAUAAAUAUUAUCUUUCAGUGUUUUGGUAACCUGGCAUGGUUGUUUCAUAUCAGAUAAUAUUAAAAAGUGAUA